AUUUUAGUUGUUGGAGGAGGGAGAUAAUAUGAAAAUGGAAUGCGCAUGCUAAAGAAGGAGAGAGAAAGGGAGGAGAGGGAUAGGAAAGGAUUGGUGGGAAAUAAAUUGGAAAAAACGCACUAACUUGCUACUGAGCAAUUCUUGAAAAGAAAGUGCAACAAUAAGGAAUCAACUAUGCUAUGAGCAGCCUAAAACUUCCCAGACCACUGUGUCCCACUCACACUUCCACUCAUCAUUGCCAUUUCCCACCAACUAUCGCCAUUUCCAUUUCCAUUCACUGUUAUAACUCUUUUCAAAUUCGCUCACUUCUUCUUUUUUCUUUCCCUUUUCUGCUGCUUCUUCCCUUUUCUUGAAAAAAAAAACACUAAUCUUUCUCUGAUGAGUUUUUGAAAAAGUGGGAUUUUUUUUGAGAUUUUUGUGGGUUUGAUCUAAUGGGGAAUUGUUGGUGUGGGUGGGAACCCUUGAUUUACAGGGUUUCUUCCAACGCAAAAUCUGAUGAUGGCCCCCCACCCCCAGUAAAGGUGAGGAAGGAUGAGAGAAAACUACCAUCAAAUCCUGAAGAAGUAGAAGACCUGCGUCGCUGCACCUCCUCCAAACCUCUAACUGUUUUCACAUUCAAGGAGCUUAAGACAAUCACCUCAAAUUUCAGACAAGAUUACAUGUUGGGAGGAGGUGGUUUUGGGAGUGUGUACAAAGGCUACAUUUCUGAAGAAAUACAAGGCCUUCAGCCCCUCACAGUUGCUGUUAAGGUUCAUGAUGGAGACAACAGCUCUCAAGGUCAUAGGGAAUGGCUGGCUGAGGUUAUCUUCUUGGGCCAGCUCUCUCAUCCAAAUCUUGUCAAGUUGAUCGGCUAUUGCUGCGAAAACGAACACCGUGUUCUCAUCUAUGAGUACAUGCCUAGAGGCAGUGUUGAAAACCAUCUCUUUUCCAGAGUGCUGCUUCCUCUGCCUUGGUCUACUAGAAUGAAGAUAGCCUUUGGUGCAGCUAAGGGGCUGGCUUUUCUGCACGAAGCAGAGAAGCCCGUCAUCUACCGCGACUUCAAGACAUCCAACAUCUUGUUGGACGAGGAAUACAACGCGAAGCUCUCUGAUUUUGGGCUUGCCAAGGACGGGCCGGAGGGGGACAAGACUCAUGUCUCCACUCGCAUAAUGGGCACGUAUGGCUACGCUGCGCCCGAGUACAUAAUGACAGGCCACCUGACUCCCAGGAGCGACGUGUACAGCUUUGGGGUCGUGCUCCUGGAGCUCGUGACGGGCAGGAAGUCCUUGGACCGGUCAAGGCCAGCACGAGAGCAGAACCUCACGGAGUGGGCUAUCCCGUUGCUCAAGGAGAAGAAGAAGGUCCUCGACAUCGUGGAUGCUAGGCUCGGGGGAGACUAUCCGGUUAAGGGUGUGCAGAAGGCAGCCAUGCUGGCUUACCACUGCCUCAACCGCAACCCAAAGGCGCGGCCGCUCAUGCGAGACAUAGUGGAUUCAUUAGAGCCUCUGCAGCUUGAGGCUGCUCACAACCUUUCCUUCACUAUAUAUAGUAGUCCCAGCUCCAAUUCUGGCUAGCUAAACUGCAUAUGUUCCUACUUUGUUGAGCUUAUUUCACACCAACAAAAUAGGCCUUGUAGGAAAUCACAAGUUUCAUACAUGCACAUACAUAAUCUUCUUCUUCUUUUGUGCUUGUCAUAUGAUUCACUGUGUUUCUGCUUUUUUGUUACAUUAUAGAUUAUAGAUUGUUCACAUAUAUAUGUAUGUGUUUGAAUGUUAUUCAACAGCUCAAAUUAUUCAA